UCUCCUGCCUCUUUGGUUUGCACUCUUUUCACGAAGGCUGGAAGACAGAGAGAGAGAGAGAAGGAGAAUGGCUCUGCAGAAUCACCUCCCCGCCGCGAUCUCUUCGUCUUCCUCUGCAUUCUUGGCAUCCUCCAACUUGGGCUCUUCCAGGGCUUCUAACGUCUCGAUCCCUGCGAAAAAGAUUGGAGUUGUCCGAUGUGUAGCCGCGCCUUAUGAGGAAAAGACCACUUACAAGACUAAGGUUUUGCGCAAUGCCAACAUGGCCAAGCUUCAAGCUGGUUACCUUUUCCCCGAGAUUGCUCGAAGAAGGGCAGCACACAUGCUAAAAUACCCUGAUGCGCAAGUCAUUAGCUUGGGGAUUGGGGAUACUACUGAGCCCAUUCCAGAUGUUAUCACGUCGGCCAUGGCAAAGAGAUCUGAUGCACUGUCAACUUUGGAGGGUUACAGUGGGUACGGUGCAGAGCAGGGUGAAAAGCCAUUGAGAGCUGCAAUUGCUUCGACAUUCUAUAGAGACCUUGGCAUAGGAGAAGAAGAUAUCUUUGUUUCAGAUGGGGCAAAAUGUGAUAUUUCUCGCCUUCAGGUUGUUUUUGGGUCAGAUGUUACAAUGGCUGUGCAAGAUCCAUCAUACCCGGCUUAUGUAGACUCGAGUGUCAUAAUGGGCCAGACAGGGCAGUUCCAACGAGACAUUGAAAAGUAUGGAAAAAUCGAGUACAUGAAGUGCACGCCAGAGAAUGGUUUCUUUCCUGAUUUGUCCACUGUAGCUCGAACAGAUAUCAUAUUCUUCUGUUCACCAAACAAUCCUACUGGCUCUGCUGCAACGAGGGAGCAACUGACAAGGCUGGUUAAGUUUGCCAAGGACAAUGGCUCCAUUAUCGUCUAUGACUCUGCAUACGCAAUGUACAUGUCAGAUGACAACCCCCAAAGCAUAUUUGAAAUUCCAGGUGCCAAAGAGGUUGCACUUGAGACAUCAUCAUUUAGCAAGUAUGCUGGAUUUACCGGUGUUCGCCUUGGUUGGACUGUGGUUCCCAAAGAGCUGCUGUUUUCAGAUGGUUUCCCUGUUGCUAGGGACUUCAACCGCAUUGUCUGCACUUGCUUCAAUGGGGCAUCCAAUAUUGCUCAAGCUGGUGGACUGGCAUGCCUUUCACCUGAAGGACUAUCCGCAAUGCGUGAAGUGAUUGGUUUCUACAAAGAAAACACCGAGAUAAUUGUGGAUACAUUUAGCUCUCUCGGAUUCAAGGUAUAUGGAGGGAAGAAUGCACCUUAUGUCUGGAUCCACUUCCCAGGGCGCAGCUCUUGGGAUGUCUUCGGCGAGAUUCUCGAGAAGACUCAUGUAGUUACGACACCCGGCAGCGGGUUCGGACCUGCUGGUGACGGAUUCAUCCGGGUUAGUGCUUUCGGACACAGGAACAACAUCCUUGAGGCUUGUAAAAGAUUUAAGCAGCUAUACAAGUGAAUGCCAUAAUUGGAUUGUCUCUGCUGCUUUAAUGUCGGGGAAGUAAUUGGAAGAAAGAAGAAAGUUGUAGCCAGAGAAACUUGUAUUAGGAUUUUAUAUUUCCUCCUCAUUGGACUAGUGAUUCCUGGUUAUGAGAAAUAAGAAUCAUUUGAUCAUUGAUGAAGAUAA